AUGCCGACCGGGGGCUGGUCCGGCCACCCCAGGGGUCCGCUGCGUGCCAAAACGACGCGCUCGGCCGAAACGGCGCGCUCGGCCUUCGUGUUCCUGCACUUCUGCGGACUGGGUCAGGCCGGCGAGCGGGCGAAGGUGGGGCUGAUGCGCUGGGCGGCCAGGGCCUUCGGCCUCCAAACCAACAGCUCUUGCCAGGAGAUGCAGGCGGAUGCCGAAAACCGCCCCAGGCGCCACCGCUGCGAGGUGUGGGUGCCACGAGAGCCUACUCCUCUGCCGGAGCAGUGCCGAUGCUCCGGCGCCUGGCGCGCCGUUCUGGCAUCGACCCGCCAGGAGUCCAAUGCCACGAAUCGAGGCACGCCUUGCCGCUGGAAGGGUCGACUGCCGGGCGGGUGUGCGGCCGGGCGGGCCUUUUUCUUCGCCAGCUGUGCCAGGCAGCGUAUGGAGUUUGACAACCAAGAAGCCUCGGUAAUGCUGGAGCGCGCUCUGGACUCAGUGCUUGCCAGCGCCGAUUGCCCGGCGCCGGCCGGCAGCACUGCCUCCGCCUGGCCGCUGGAUGUGGCCCAAGUGCUCGAGAACCUGCGGGCCUUGAAGCGACAGACCCUUUGCGGAAGCUUCUGCCCGAAGCUGCAGUGGAGCUUUGAGGGAGGCGUGUUCCACACACUGCUGGACCCAGCAUUGAAGGGCGUCACUGUCAAGGCGUCUUGA